ACCACAAAUUCAGAAAGUUUCUGCAAUAAAGUGAUGAAUUUUAGUGUGAAUCUAACACAAAAUGACUUCGACACACACAUGUUUCGCUUCUAGACGGCAUCUUCGGGAGCUGACUCGCAAAACGCUGAUAUGAGUGAUUUUGUGAAUAUGAAAGAUUAUAACAAUGGCUAUCUUAAUAGUUAUUUAUUUUCAAAAAUGUUAAGGCACCCACACUGUGAAUAAUAUGUUUGUUUGAGUUAUCGAUUGAAGAUAAGCUGGGUUAUAGGCGUGGACUUAAUAAGUCUGUUUAGCAUUGUUUGCCGGACGACGGUUACCAGUGAGGUAAGGUGAGGCUUGGAAUUAAAAACAUUGAAAACGUUACGACUUACGAGUACCUACAGACUUGAGACUACAGCGCAGUCAAACCGCGAAGUGAACGCUUGUGUUGUUAUGAAUUCGUUUCGAAAUUCGAAAAAAGACGUUGUGGAUGGCUUUGAAGUAUAUUGGUCUUCGCAGACGCGUGGUGAACCUGGUGAUGUUGUUGUUGAUGGCGAUGCCGCUCAUCUGGUGCUGGGGUGCCUCGGACACUGCAGCCAGGGCCUUACUACCUUCAGUUCAGCUUCAAGAUUUGCAACACUUCAGGAAGAACAGAAGUUUGAAACACUAUCUAGAUAACAUACAAUUGCUGAUCGAGCCGUCUUCGCCUUGCGUGGACCACGACAUUCCACUUCUGGCGCUGGUGUCCUCUUCACCCGACAACUUCGAGGCUCGGGAUGCCAUCAGAAAAACGUGGGGCAAAGAACUUCCGACGUUCUUUGUGCUGGGGCUCAAUGGUUACCAGGAAGAUGACCUUACGACAGACAACUACUUAGAAGCCAAGAUGAACCAUGACGUCAUAAUCUACCAGUUCCGAGACCACUACCAGAACCUGACGCUGAAGACGGCACUGAUGCUGCAGUGGAGCAGCGCCCGAUGUCCCGCGGCCAGGUUCCUGUUGAAAACAGACGAUGAUGUGCUGGUGAACCCCUGGGCGAUGAGGCGCAUCGUGGAAGGCAGCUAUGAUUCUCUUAUUGGUUAUAGAAAGGAGCACAAUAAGCUCCACAGAGUGGAGUACAGCAAGUGGUACAUCCCUCGCUGGCUGCUCGCUGAAGACUACGUGCCGGAGUAUUUGUCCGGGACUGGAUAUCUCAUCAAUGGUGACAAUUUACGCAAACACAUAGAUGACAUGCUCCAGGCUGCUCACACGGUCCCUCUUAUAAACCUAGAGGACGUCUACUUCACUUACCUCGUCGCCAAGUUAAAGUUACACCUACAGCUAAGCCACGACCGCAGACUGAGCCCUUACAGACCCUGGCUUCCAAGUGUUUGCCUGUACUGGGGCCUGGCUUCUAUACACUCGCUAUCCCCCAAGGACAUUAUCAGCUGGGGGGAGGCACUGAUGGAGAUUGGAACACAAUACGAAAGCGGGAAUAGAAUUUGUGAGUUUUAUGAGCGUGUGUUUAGUGAAUGGCUGUUGUAUUAGAUUACUAUAGUUAGGAUGUAAUGUUAAGUAAUAUGUUUUAUCUACACCCAUGCUUUAAAUCCUCUAUUAAAGAUUCUGAAACAGUUAGCUUAUUGCCAACAUUAAAACAUCCAAUGUUCUAAUAACCAUAACAUCAACCAAACGAGUGUUGUAAUGUUGUACUGAAUUUCAUCACAACACUCCUAUUUUUUUUUCAAUCCCUUCAUGCUCAAAGAGUUUUAACAGACAGCCACAUUCUUAUUGCUCGAUGCGUGGUAUCUGUAUGAAUUUCAAACAAAGAACAUUUUUGUUUACGCGCGUUCCACACUACCAGAACGUCGCGUGCCAUAAAAAAAAUAGGUUAUUUGAAUCCCCGCCAUUUUUCUUAGAUAUUUUUAUUGCUUUGUUUACAUAAAAUGAGCGAUUCAUUUUAAACGUUGCAAAAGAACAUAAUAUUCAUGUGAAUUUUAAUUAUUGCACUAAACAAAAUGUAAAUUACUACUAAAAUAAAUAAUUCUUUCAUUAAUACUUACAUAAUUUGUAUAUAAUCAGUAAUGGAUGAUAUAAGGUAGGGGUGAGACGUAUUUAUCGUCACAGGUAUUUGUAACAGGUAUUAAAAUAUCACCGGUUGUCACUGUGACAAGAUAUCCAAAAAUAACAGUGACAAGUAUUAGGAGUAUUUUGUAACAACUAGUAUUUUGUAACAACUAGUAUUUUAUAACACCUAGUAUUUUGUAACGACUGUUAUUUGAGUAACACCUGUUACUGAACAAGUAUUUGAUAACAACUAGUAUUUUAGUAACAACUGUUACUGAACAAGUAUUUAAUAACAGCUAGUAUUUUAGUAGCAACUGAUAUUUGAGUAAUACCUGUUAUUGAACAAAUAAUUAGGAGUAUUUAGUAGGUAUUUUUUAACAGUAUUUUGGUACAGCUAUAAUUGUGUGAUUUGUAGGUCUGUUAUAUUAUUUUUAAUUCAAUAAGUAAUAAAAUAGUUAUGGUUCAACUAUUCUUUUAAAAUAUGUGGGAUAAGAAAAACCCUGUUUACUUUUAUUGUUUACUGAAUAUUUUUCUUUUAGACACAUUUGUAAAUAAUAGAUACAUCACUUUCAUACAUUUAUUUAACAUACUAUUGUUAAGAUAGCUAGGUACCUAAUUAAAAUAUUGAAGUAAAUUUCAAAUGGAAUACCCUGUCUCUGAUAUCAUUUUUUGUAAUCGUAUUUAUUCACAGUUAUAUUGUGCCUACGAGCAGGAAAAUACGGCUCACCUCUUUGAAAGAAAAAACCUAUAUUGGUAAUUUGAUAGUACCUACUCAAUAAUAUAUUAUGAUGAAUAUUUCUACUUUAUUGUUGAAUUAUUCGUAUGAUAAGGGCACAUUUUAAUUGUGUACUAGGUAAGGAUCACUGUUUAAGCAUAGGUAGUAUUGAAACAUAAUGAAUACGAAAGUAUAAUGAUUAUUUUUAUUAUGUCAAAGUUCUAUAAAAAUAAUUAAUAGGUCUGUACAGCUUUACCUAAACAGAACUUUUGAAAUUCGAAGUUACCACAAGAGAAAGUACUAUGUAAUACGUAUAGAUGGCGCUAACAAGUAACACCAAACAACGAAAAAUAUAUGCCUCACUACAGUAGCUAGUAUAUUAUCACAGAUAGUAUUAAAAUAACAGCUAGUAUUUUGUAACAGGUAUUUUGUAACAGGUAUUUUGUAACAGGUAUUUUGUCGCUGUUACUUUUGAGUCACAGUCACCGUCAUACCUAGUAUUGCUUUUUGCCUAGUACGUCUCAACUCUAAUAUAAGGUUUUACUAGUAACUACUAGGACCGGCUGUUUUAAUGUUUUUUUUUUUUUUGCGCCAUUUAUUGGCCUGCACGGUUUGUGCGUCAGCCAUUGUUUUAAUGUUAGCAGUAAGCUAACUGUUUCAGAAUCUUUUAGAGGAUUCAUAUUAUGGGUGUAGAUAAAGUCUUGUAUGCAACUAUUGAUAAUUAGGUAUUAAAACACUCGGCUUCGCCUCGUGAGAUCAAUCCACAUUCGUGUUUUAUUAUACAACAGUUAACAUAAAUAACUAAUGUAAUAUUUACAAGUGGCAAGCUUUUAACAGGUUGCAGGCUAGAUUAUGGGUAUAUAACGGCGCCUAUUUCUGCCGUGAAGCAGUAAUGUGUAAACAUUAUUGUGUUUCGGUCUGAAGGGGUAGCUAGUGAAAUUACUGGGCAAAUGAGACUUAACAUCUUACAUCUCAAGGUGACGAACGCAAUUAUUGUAUUGCCGCUCAGAAACCGUGGGUUUUUCGAGAAUCUUGAGCGGAACUGCAUUGUAAUGAGCAGGGCGUAUCAAUUACCAUCAGCUGAACGUCCUGCUUGUCUCGUCCCUUAUUUUCAUAAAAAAAUGUAAAUAACUUUAUUCUGAGUUUUCGACUUUGCGAUUAUUUGAAAUAACACUUGUACACAAAAAUAAUUAAAAUAAAUAUUUUCUUGACGUGGACAAUUUGUAAAUACAGGAAAUGAACAAUUAUGUUUACAUUAUGUAACUAGUAUAAUCUAACUUAAAGUGGAUAUCGGCUUAUAUCGGCUAUGCCAGGAAAUAAUGAUUUUUUAAUGUUUUUUUGGAUGCGAGUCACAACUAUAAUUUCGACAUGUUAUUAUUCGCAAAUUUUCUGUUUAACUCAUAAUGUUAAGUAUCUCUUUGUAUUUGAUAUUAUUUACUUUAUUGUGGUAGCCAUUUUUUUUCUGUUUAAUAAAAUCCAAUGGCAUUAUACUCCUUUACUUUUCCUGAAGCUGUUGCUGAUUUAUGUACGUACAUAGGUUACAUUUAUUUUACAAUACGUAAUUUUUUUUAAUAAUGUAACAAAAAUUACAUAAUAUUGUAUUAUUGUGAGUUAUGUACUUCUCUACCUAGCAAAAAUGAUCAUUAGAAUUAUUAAUUUACUUAUUUUUUGA